AUGCUGGUUGCGUUGGUCGGAUUGCGCGGUGCAGGUAAGUCUGUGGUAGCAGAUUACCUUGUAGCAAAGCAUGCAUUCACGCCGAUUACGUUGGGCGGCAAGCCUGGCGAUGGCUUCCAUUUUACCAGCGCCGAUGACAUGCUCCAGUUCGUCACGGCAAAUUGGCGUACGCACUUUGUGACGCAAGACUUGUCUACGACGCCAAUACUUGCUCUGUUUGAGAAGCGGCCAUUUUUUCUGCUGGUAGGAAUUGAGGCGCCUCUUUUGCAGCGAUGGCAGCGUGUUGGGAGCACCGAACGGCUCGAGCGGUUUGUCGUACAGGACGAUGCAACGUUGUACGGCGCGCCCAACAUCUUAGACAGUGGCAGCGAUUCAGACGACGAGCAGAAUACGUCUUGUGUUGUAUCAGAUGUAUCAAACUUGUCUAUACUGCACCGCAGCGGCGCGAUCGUAUCCACGUCGCACCCUGCAAGCGAUACGGCGCUUGCCGCGAUCCUGACUCAAUGCCAAUUACGCAUAGCGAAUACGUUCCCGACUACGGAUGCACUUUAUGCGCAUCUAGAUACCCUUGCAAUCCCUUCGUCGCAUCGCCUGCGCCCGACAUGGGACGCUUAUUUUGUGUCGUUGUGCACCCUCGCAUCCUUGCGGUCCAACUGCAUGAAACGCAGAGUGGGCGCUGUGAUUGUGCGCAACAACCGCGUUUUGUCCACGGGCUACAAUGCUGCCCAUGCCUGCGGUGUGCUGUGA